GGACAACAUGGCCGCGCCCGCGCGAGGGCCGGCUCGUGGCCGCUGCACCGGCCUAGGUUUCGUCCUGUUGCUGCCGCUGCUCCUGCUGCCGGUCCAGGCGGCAGGGAGCGAAGAGACCGGGGCCGGCUCGGGCGCGGCGUCCCUCGGGGGCUCGUGCGGUUGCGGCACUCCCCAGCGGUCCGGGGCCCACGGCAGCUCGGCGGCCGCGCACCGGUACUCGCGGGAGGCGAACGCCCGGGGCUCGGGCCCCGGAGAGCGGCCUCUCGCGCCCACCAAGAUGGUCCCCAUCCCUGCUGGAGUAUUUACCAUGGGUACAGACGAUCCUCAGAUAAAGCAGGAUGGGGAAGCACCUGCGAGGAGAGUCGCUAUUGAUGCCUUUUACAUGGAUGCCUAUGAAGUCAGUAAUGCUGAAUUUGAGAAGUUUGUGAACUCAACUGGCUAUUUGACAGAGGCUGAGAAGUUUGGUGACUCCUUUGUCUUUGAAGGCAUGUUGAGUGAGCAGGUGAAGAGUGAUAUCCAACAGGCAGUUGCAGCUGCUCCCUGGUGGUUACCUGUUAAAGGCGCUAACUGGAGACACCCAGAAGGGCCCGACUCUACAGUUCUGCACAGGCCCGAUCAUCCCGUUCUCCAUGUCUCCUGGAACGAUGCUGUCGCCUACUGCGCCUGGGCGGGAAAGCGGUUGCCCACAGAAGCUGAGUGGGAAUACAGUUGUCGAGGAGGUCUGCAAAAUAGACUUUUCCCCUGGGGCAACAAACUGCAGCCGAAAGGCCAACAUUAUGCCAACAUUUGGCAGGGCGAGUUUCCUGUGACCAACACUGGAGAGGAUGGCUUCCGAGGAACUGCGCCUGUUGAUGCCUUUCCUCCCAAUGGUUAUGGCUUAUACAAUAUAGUAGGGAAUGCAUGGGAGUGGACUUCAGACUGGUGGACUGUUCACCAUUCUGUUGAAGAGACGCUUAACCCAGUACCAUUCUGGAAGCUGCAAGACCUGUUAGGAGGCUCUUGUAAUAAUCCAGAAAGGCCCCCCUUCUGGGAAAGACCGGGUGAAGAAAGGUGGAUCCUACAUGUGCCAUAAGUCCUACUGCUAUAGGUACCGCUGUGCUGCUCGAAGCCAGAACACCCCUGACAGCUCUGCUUCAAAUCUGGGAUUCCGCUGUGCAGCCGACCACCUGCCCACCUCGGGCUAAGAACCAAGAAGAGCCUUCCCAAGUCCAAGAAGAAGUCGUGUCAACCCUGCACUCGGCUUCCCUCAGAACGCUGAACAACCUCGUGUGAAUUCCCACCCCGAGGUGGGUUCCAUGCCUGCCCAGUGGCCAAAGGAACUGCCUUGUGAGACCAAAUCGCUGACCUGCAUCAGCAUAUGCGCUUUAUUGUGUGGUGCAUCUCUGGAGAUCAUCGCCAUGUUUGACUUUGAGAGUCUUUUAAAGAGGAAGGGGCGUGGAGGGAACCCUGAGCUUGGCUGCAGGAGGCCUACCUUCUGCCUGGGGUCUGCCACGGGGUCAGAUCCCGGGGUCCCACACUUGACCUUCCUGGGCCUCAGUGACCUCAUCUAUCGAGUGAGGGGAUGCACAGCAUGAUGUCUGAGGCUCACUCCAACUCCCAAAUUCUAUGAGUAUAUCAGAUUCUAUCGUGAUUUCAUAGUGAGAAUUUAUGACAGAUUAUUUUUUAGCUAUUUUUUUCCAUGUGUGAACCUUGGGUGAUACUAAUCAUGUAAGAUAAGAGUUCUCUUGUGUAUUAUUUUCAGAAGAGGAUAGUGGGGUGCUGGUGAUGAGUCUUUAUAUUCAUACUGCACUUUGUUUUUUCAAGGAAAUCAGUGUCUUUUACAUUGUUAUGAUGAGUCCCACAUGGGCCAGUGAUGGUGCACUCAAGUUCAGCAAUCUGAACACGCAGGAAUGUCUGUGGGGUGAUUCUACUGUGCUUUAUCUUUUAACAUUAAGUGCCUUUGGUUCAGGGGGACAGUUAUAAGCCGAGUUUUCCCCUUUCCCCAAAGCCUUUGGUGAAUGUGAAAUGUGGGCUAAACAGAGAAACCUGUUUAAUUCUAGAUGUAGGAGAAAAGAAUGAGAACCUUGAAUUAACUAUAUUCAGGGUAUACAGUGUUUUGUAAUAGGGAAGUAGGAAAUCUUGUUGGCUGUGGAAAAUCAGAUGCUUUGAAUCAUGCAUAAUAUAGAAUAAACUGGUAUCUGCUAAAUCAGG